UCCUGUGGUUGUUCACUUCGUGUUUGGUGUGUGUGUAGAUAAGACACAUUUAUCUUUCUGCACUCAAAAUCGCUUCUAAAACGAUUUUAGCUCCUUAGUUGUAUUUUUUAUUUUGUUAUUUUUAUUCCUGGCGAUCGAAGGGAGCACAGGAAGUUAAGCAAGGGCAUUACUAGACAUUAUUAACGCCGUAAAACGCGUCUCACAGUUGUAUUUGGGAAUGAAGGCCAAGAUGGCGGCGUAUCUGAUUGUCAUCCUGCUCCUGUGUGUGGAUGUGUGUGUGGUGGCGACGUUUGGGGCGACUCGGCUCUCACCUCUGCUCAUUCCUCAUUCAUUUACCACUCUCUGGGUUGGAGGACUGCUGAGGUUCACUGUCCUUUUCCUUGUCACCUUUCUCUACCCGUCAAGCCCGGCGUGGAUGAAGAGCAAUAAUGUAGUCCAGACCAUGGCUGUGCACAGUUUGGUCUAUCCGGUGUACGUCUCACUGCUGUGGGCAUGCGGCUGGUCAACGCUGGAGCUCACCUGGGGCUGGCACACCUGGCAAGGACUGCUUCAGUGCUACGCUGUUUCGGCUCUCUCACUGCUGCUGUGGGAACGCUACGUGCCCUCCAUCCUCCCAACGACGAAGGUCAAACCCAAGGAGAAAGGCCAGGCCUCUGUGCAGAGGCUGCUGGGAUACGUGAAGCCGUACAAGCGUCGGUUCACGGCGGUCCUCCUGUUCGUAGUCGCUUCCUCUCUCGGUGAGAUGGCUAUUCCGCAUUACACGGGUAAAAUCACCGACUGGAUACUGAAGGAGGACGAACCUGAUGCUUUUGCUAACGCCAUCAAAAUCAUGUCGAUCCUGACUGUCAUGAGCACCGUGUUUGAGUUUGUGUGUGACCUCAUCUACAACACCACCAUGAGCCUCAUACACACAGCCAUCCAGAGUCAGGUGUUCGAGUGUGUGCUGAAGCAGGAAAUCGCCUUCUUCGAUAAAGCUUCCUCAGGUGAACUUGUGUCCCGAAUCACCAAAGACACCAACGACAUGAGCGAGUCCCUGAGCGAAGAGCUCAGCCUGCUCAUGUGGUACACCAUGCGUUUAGUCUUCCUCUACAGCUCCAUGAUGCUCCUCUCCGUACGCCUGUCCAUCUUCACCAUCCUCGGCCUUCCCGUCAUUUGGAUCGUCCCGGAGUUCUCCGGAAGGUUCUACCAGACACAUGCAGUCAAAGUGCAGGAGUCUCUUGCCAAAUCGAACAGCGUUGCCACUGAGACGUUCUCCGCCAUCAAAACAGUGAAAAGCUUCGCCAACGAGGACGGCGAGUCGGAGAGAUACAAGAAGUGCUUGGAGCACACCUACUCGCUCAACAAAGUGGAAGCGGCUGGUUAUGCGGCAUCAACCUGGACCAACAGCAUGUCCAGCCUGGCCUUGAAAGUUAGCAUCCUGUACUAUGGAGGCCAGCUGGUGGCAGGAAAUGAUGUCACUAGUGGUGAUCUGGUGUCUUUUGUGCUGUAUGAGCUUCAGUUCAGUCAUGCUGUCGAGGCUCUGAUGUCCUAUUACCCUCGAGUGAAAAAAGCCGUUGGCGCCUCAGAGAAGAUCUUUGAGUACGUGGACCGGAAGCCUGAUAUUCCUCCUGAAGGUUCCUUAGCUCCCAAGACACUCAGGGGUCACGUGCGCUUCAACAACGUCACUUUUGCAUAUCCGAAGAGGCCAGGCGAGAAUGUUCUAAAAGGUGUUUCUCUGGAGCUGAAGCCGGGAGAGGUUACCGCUCUGGUAGGUCCAGCUGAUAGCGGAAAAAGCACCAUAGUCAGACUGCUUGAGAGGUUUUACCAGCCCCAGGAUGGAGAGAUCUUUCUGGACGAGCAGCCGCUGCAGAGCUACAAGGAUCAAUAUCUGCAUGAGAAGAUCAGCGUGGUUGCCCAGGAGCCCGUACUGUUCGCCCGCUCCAUCAGAGAGAACAUCAAAUACGGGAAAGCAGACGCCACUGAUGAAGAGAUGUACGCUGCUGCUAAACUGGCCAACGCUCACAAAUUCAUCAGUGACUUUCCAGACGGCUACGACACAGAUGCCGGAGAAAAGGGAGGUAAAGUGUCCGGAGGGCAGAAGCAGCGAAUAGCCAUAGCGAGAGCCCUGAUCCGGAAUCCACAGGUCCUCAUUCUAGAUGAUUUCACGAGUGAACUGGAUGCUGAGAGCGAGCAUGUGGUGCAGCAGGCACUGCUGAAGAGGUCGAAUGGACGCGCCGUGCUGCUCAUUACCAACAAGAUGAGCGGCGUGGAGAUGGCCAACAGAGUGGUGUUCCUGAGGAGGGGAGAGGUGCUGGAGCAGGGCAGCCAUGACGAGCUGCAGAAGACGAAUGGCCCGUACGCUGAGUUUCUACGGCUACAGAACACCAGCUUCCAUCGUAACGCUCAGGACCACAGCUAAACCUCCAAAUCAACGAAGUAAUGAUGUGUAUUUAACACACUGUAUAAUCCACCUACACCUCAGAACGCACAAUUCAUUGCAAGGCGAUUAUAAUGUGUUGCAUGGUGUACUGCUACCUGUAGGGAAAAAAAUGCCAAACACAUGAAGGCAUAGGCUUUGAAAUAUAGAAUAAAUAUGCCAGUAUUCACAAGAUGACAUAAAAUGUUUAUGAAGGGUGUCUACAUAGCACCUUCAUAACAUCAUGCAUAUACAUUUUUUAGGGUAUUCAUGAUGUUUAGAUCAACAUUUACAAAAAAAAAUUAUUUUUAUUCAACAAAUAAUACAAUUAAAAAUACAAAUUAUGAAUGUGGAUCUAAACAGUUAUGUAUACCUUAUGAAGUAUUCCUGUAAGAGGUUAUAGAGUGAAUAUUAUUAUAUUGAGGAUUAGUUUGAGUUCCACAGGAAAUGAAGCUUCAUAACACUGUUAUAAAUGCCCAUCCCUUUAGAAUAACAGUAAAGCAGAUGAACAGCAAUUUUAUUUGUAUAGCACCUCUAACAAUGGACAUUGCCACAAAGCAGCUUUACAGAAAUAUAUAAAUUCAGGAUAUACAUUUUAAAUUUAUAAAUUUGACAAACAUGCAGGUAACCACACAGGGCCAAUAGGUUUUAUGAAUGUGGUGUAAAAAUUCAUAAAAUAUAUAAGGAAUAAAACAAUUGGGAUUGUGCUGUUAUAGGAAAAUAAUCAGUGACAGCGUGGUGGGAACAGAAGUUAUAUUCUUCUAUAACAGCAUGUCCUGAAGUGUUUCACUUCACUUCCUCUCAUACCACAGCAACUUGCUAAUGAUUACGUUGUACAUCAUACUUUUUAUCUGUUUGUAGUUACAUUUAUUGUCGAGGAACCUCCAUGAAACAAGUUCGUUCCUGUUCCCUCAGUUUCAUCUUGAUGAUAAUAGGACACAAAAUGCAGCUAGUUACUGAGAAACUUCAACAUGAAACAUCCAACAUCGUUUCCCUUGGAGAAAAACUUACAUCUGACUGUUAACCGAAGCGCUGACACUGGAGACUUUUCCCAUAAAUGUUAAAUAAAUGUGUCCUUAUAGAAAAUGCCACCAUAUUACAUGUUUUCUUAAUCUGUUUAUGUUAUAUGUAUGUAUUAAACACAUAAUAGUGAGCAGGGCUGUUUUAUUAUAUGUUGGAAUAAAAUGGAGGCUUACGAUUUAGUCUUUUAUAUAGACAAUAUAGACAUGAUGACAGUGGAAAUGAGACAAAACCAUCUGGAAUAUCCAUCAGAAACAUUUAACUCAGAUGUGCUGGUAAAUUAUUAAGAAAAUGCUUCGUACAACGAAAGUAACACUGCUAUAACACUUAGCAUCGACCACUAACCAAACUUCCAUGUAGCCGAUAAGUCAUUUAUACAACGUAAAGGCACAGCGACAGCGGGAACAAUACAAAACCAGUCGGGAAUGCCAUCAUUUUCCUCGGAUAUGGUCAGGAAGUUAGAAAUGACUCUCUUCUCUCUGGUAAUCUUGGGAAUAAUGGCAUAAGAUGCUCAUAAAUGCUCAAGCAUUGCUUUAUGGACAUGUUAUGCAUUAUUUAUAGUCUGUUAUAAGGUCUUUAUUUUUUCAAACAACAAUAUAAAUUCUUUGUGCUUCCUUUUGGGUUUUAUAGUGCAGUGAAGUGAAUCAAGUGACGAUAGAGCUAAUUGUACUUCAUACAACUUAUAACGUAUGAGUAUAACUUAACUCAUAACAUAUAUAACUCUCUCCUUGUUGUCAUCAUGUCCUGAUAUUUUCUCUACAACUGAUGUUUUUAUGUGUUUGCACUAUGUAAGUGAUAGGAUUUUUAAAUUAGGUGUAAAUAUCACAACCAUAAAGAAAAUAGUACAAAAGAUCAUUUUUCCUCAUGACUCCAGCACAUGAUAUAAACAUACAACUAGUGAGAUUGUGAAAAUUAUUAUUCUUGUAAAUUAUCAAAAUAAAAAAAAAAAUGUUUCCACUUACAACUUUUCUUCAUUUUUAAGCCACUGAAAUAUCACUGUACAUUGUGAUUUUUCUUUUUUUUUUGUACUUUGUAGUCUCUACCAAUUAAAAUAUCGCAGAAAAAUAUGAAAACCAA